AUGGCAAAGUUGAGGAGAAACACAAGAAGUGCAACACUCCCAGAAACCUUUUUCACCAUCCACAUGGCAGACCCUCAAGAAGUGCAUCUCAGCAAAAUUGCUAACGGAGUCAAAGAAUCACAUUUCUUGGGGGACAAUAGUUUUCAUGGUCCAAUGAAUGAGUCAGCAAUGAGUAGGAAAAAAAUGUAUUACAGUUGGUUCAGAAUAGUCAUCCAUUCUGCACUUGUGUUGGUGUGUGGAUCAGCUGCGACACUCCUUGGAAGAUUGUACUAUGAAAAAGGUGGAAAGAGUAAAUGGAUGGGAACACUUGUUCAACUUGGUGGUUUCCCUAUUUUGCUUCCUUAUUACUUCAUCACAGCACCCAAAAAUUUGACCACAAACAACAGCAUUCAUCCAAAUCAGCCAUCUGCUACAAUGCUAGCAUUUGUCUAUGUCUCAAUUGGCCUGCUUCUGGCAUUAGGUUUUUAUUUAUAUUCAGUCGGGCUAUGGUACCUUCCUGUCUCAACCUAUUCACUCAUUUGCUCAUCCCAGUUGGCUUUUAAUGCUUUAUUCUCAUACUUCCUCAAUUCACUCAAGUUCACACCUUACAUGGUAAGCUCUUUAGUCCUUCUCACCAUUUCCUCUACCCUUCUUGUAGUUCAAAACGAGUCAUCAUCAGAUGAUUCAGACUCCACACAAAUAUCCAAGAAAAAGUAUGUGAUUGGAUUCAUAGCCACAAUUUGUGCAUCAGCAGGGUAUGGACUGUGGCUUUCCCUCACUCAGCUGGUGUUCAAGAAGGUUAUAAAAAGGGAAACAUUGAAAGUGAUCAUGGAUAUGAUAAUAUACACGUUCCUUGUAGGAACUUGUGCUAUUAUAGUGGGACUUUUUGCAAGUGGAGAAUGGCAUGGUUUGAAGAAUGAAACGAAGGAAUAUGAGACGGGGAAGGCUUCGUAUGUGCUGAACCUCACUUUCACAGCCAUAUUUUGGCAACUCUUUACAAUUGGUUGUUUGGGGCUUACCAGUGAGGUUUCUUCCCUCUUCUGUAAUGCCAUAACAGUUUUGAGAGUGCCUCUUGUUCCAAUGUUGGCAGUGAUAUUCUUCCAUGACAAAAUGCAUGGUAUUAAGGUUAUCUCCAUGAUGCUAGCUAUUUGGGGCAUUAUCUCAUAUUUGUAUCAACAGUACAUUGAUGAUACCGAGUCCAAAAACAGAAGCACCACUCAUGAUCCUAAAGCUUCUGCAUCACUGGAAUGGGUUCAUAAAUGAGUUACGUAGCCUUUUUAACUAGAUAUGAACGCACCAGUUUGUAGGUGUAAAUCACUGCUCAACCAAUGUAUCAAAUUUGGCUGAAGGCCUUCAU